GGGGAGGUCUGCUCCUUUUAAAAAACUAAAGUACCAUCACGCGUGUUGCUCUGUCGAGGGAGGACUGUUUGUUGUGUUAAUAUUGCAUGCCAGGCGCCUGCGUUUGACCUGCGUCAACAUCAGUCGCAUUUUCAACACCCACAGAAACUGAAAGGAACAAGAAACCCAAAGAUGGUGCGGCUGUCCCCGUCCCCGGUUCCGGACGUGUCCCCUCCCCCUGAGCGAUCUGAGGAGGGGAAGGGGAGCCCCAAAUCAGCCUCGCCCUCCAGCCCAAGCCCGCUGCAGCUGGCCCUGUCCACGUCCACCACGGCCUACCACAGCUACGACACCUACAUCGAGGACAGCCUCAUCUGCCUCAAACACAAGAUUCGAAACAUUGAGAAAAAGAAGCUGAAACUCGAAGACUACAAAAGACGUUUAAAGAAUGGAGAGACUCUCAAUAAAGACCAGAUGGAUGCCGUAGAGAAGUACGAUGAAGUCAUCCACAAUCUUGCAUUUGCCAAAGAGCUUCAGAAAACCCUGGGAGCCCUCACCCAGGAUCUGCUCAGGUCUCAGAGGAAGAUGGCGAAGCGGGAGCAGACGACGCGGGCGGAGCUGGAGAGGAAGCGUCUGGGCACGGUGCUGCAGGUGCACCACGUCCUGCAGAGCCUGCAGCGGGAGCAUGUGAGGAAGGACCUGCGCAGCGGCGCCAACCACGCCCCCUUCCUGCCCGCCCGCGACCUGGAGCACCUGCUGGAGAUCGCCGCCAUGCUGGGGUGCAAGAGGGACGAGAGCAUGAGUUUGGAGGACCAAAUGGAGCAGGCAGCAAAUGUGUACUGGGAUCUGAUGGAGGGUCGAGACGUCCCUGUGGCAGGGACCACCUAUAAGCACAUGAAGGAGCUCUUGUCCAGACUGAUGGAUUGUGGGUACUUUGAACGCAUCCCAGUUCCUCACAGUGAGGGCCUGGAAGAGGCUGUGGACCAGCUGACCAAGAAGGCCGAGAGGCUGUCAAAAUCCUCAGGGAGCAGCGCAGUGCCACCCAAAUCACUGAGUGCCAAUGAAGUUUCAACCAGGGAGUUCCUUAACAGAUGCUACUUGCCGAAAACAGACUUCUCUGACCGAGGUCAAAAUGACCAGACUCGAGCCUCGAAGGAGAGCCACAAGGCGGAUUUAACAGCACUCAAAGAGCAGGAGCCCCCGGACUCCUGGGAUAUGGAGUUUGCGGACAAGCCCUCCUCUCCGCCUCCCACCGUCGCCCAGAAACCCUGGAGAGGGGCAGCGACCUUUGUCCCCAAAGAACAGGUGACCGUGCAGAGACCCAACCCUGAACCGAAACAGAGACGAGAAAAGUCCAAAGGCCCGCAAGAUAACAAACCGGUUGUGAAGACUGAGGCCGCAGUGGAGGUGUUCAGCUCCCCCUCUCCCCUGCCCCAGGACCCAGUCCUGCGGAAAGCGCAGCUUCAGGACCUGAUGGAGCAGAUCCAGGGCUCUUUCUGUUUUAUGCAGGAUUCUGUGCUGGAGAGAGAGGGCUCUCCAACAAAUGGACUUUCUAGGGGUUUUCGAUCUUUGACUAGACCCUCCACACCUGCAGCAGCUCCGAAGGACCCAACCAGAAGUCCAGUCAGCUCCCUGUCAAAAGCCCUACAUUCGACCCCUUUGCCAUCCAGACUUCGCCCAGGUGAUGGCAAAAUUGCCAUGACCAAUGGAGACCGCUCCCUGAACAACUUGGACCUGGACCUCACUGCCGAUGAAGUGGCUUGUGAGAACGUCCAGCUGUCCAAGAGCGAGAGCCUUUCAUCCCCGUCUCUGUAUCACCGGGAGUCCGUCCUCUCCUCUCCCCUGGCAGAGGACACUCCAAGUCAGGCCCCUGUCUCUCAGGCCAGUGUGAUGUCUCCCUGUAACGGAGUGGCAAACGCCCUCAGCCACCCCCCAGACCCCUUCUCCUCUCCGCCCAGCAGCCACACCCUCAGCAUGGCCACCGCCGCCCCCCCCUUCCAGACCGUGCACACGGUGUUCAAGGUCAGCACCCCUCUGACACCCCGCAGCGACUCUGACCUGAAAUCGGACGCGAGUGCUUUCCCAGACUCCGACAACCUGACCGUUGCCACGGCGAGCACACAGACCCCGCCUGAUUUCGUUACCCUGGAUAAGGACCACCUGCCAGUGUCCUCGUACCCCCCGGAGAGCCCGGUCAGUAAUGGCUGCCAGGUGUACCUGUCCCCGGGUCAGCCCGGCGGCUCGCUCUCGCGCUCCGGCCCGCCGUACUACACACGCAGCUCCGCUAGAGGUAUGGCGCGCGGCCGCAGGGGGCUGGCUCACCCCCUCCACUCACCCCGCGGGCACAGAGGGGGACUGGAGGGGUACAGGACUGGUAUACGGUCUCCAGGGGGCAGCUUCAUUCCCCAGCCCCACGGCACCAGGGAGAUCACCCCCGUCCUGUAUGGAGUUCAAGAUACAGGAUACCACCAAAGCUACAAACGUGGAAACAUGACUGGUGGACAGCGAAACCAAUCUAGAGCUGCCUGGAGCGACUCGUCCCAGGUGAGCAGCCCAGAGCGGGACGGGGACACCUACGCCAGCGUGGACUCGGGGCACGGGGACUCCCGCUGCAUCACGCCCAUCGACAUGCCCGUGGCCGGCCAGGGCCCCACCCUCAUGCCCGUGCACGUGUACCCGAUCGCCCCGCCCAUGCGCGUGGCCUUCUCCGCCGCCCGCACCGUCAACUUCACCCCGGGCACGCUGGACCAGACCAUCGUGUUCGACCUGCUGCACAGCAACCUGGGCGACACCUUCGACAUGCACCUGGGGCGCUUCCUGUGCCCCGUGGACGGCACCUACGCCUUCUUCUUCCACAUCCUCAAGCUGGCCAUCAACGUGCCGCUCUACGUCAACCUGAUGCGCAACGAGGAGGUGAUGGUGUCGGCCUACGCCAACGACGGCGCGCCCGACCACGAGACGGCCAGCAACCACGCCGUGCUGCAGCUGUACCAGGGCGACCGCAUCUGGCUGCGGCUGCACCGCGGCGCCAUCUACGGCAGCAGCUGGAAGUACAGCACCUUCUCCGGCUACCUCCUGUACCAGGACUGAGGCCUGGCUGGCCGUGCCGCGCGGUUUGGGGCAGCAGCGGCGGCGGUCACGGAGUGCGCCGUCCAGGAGAUUUGCACUUAAACACUGUCACUUUCGUGCGUGUGUGCGUGUGUGCGUGUGUGCGUGUGUGCGUGUGUGCGUGUGUGCGUGUGUGCGUGUGUGUGUGUGUGUGGAUAUGCUGCAUGCUACAUCCACUUCACUAGCGUCUGCUCAUCCAGUGCUCUAGAUUAGAUGGGAGUGGGGAGGUGGUGGGUGGUGAGAAGGCUGCCAUUGCAGUGCACAGAGGCAUGGCUGAUUGGCUAUCGCACUGCUCGUGCCCAUGCUAUAACUGCUCAUGCACCAGUGGAAUGUGGAACCAGUCUAACUUCCUGCUUGUACGCAAGGUCAUAUGAUUACUAGUCAAGUUGUAAACUUUUUAUUUUUAUUUUUUGUGUGUGUGUGUGUAAGGAUACACAUAUAUGCCUUAAACAUGCACAUGUUCUUUGGUAAAAUUAGACCUUGAUAUGCAUUGCAGGUAGCUGGUUAUUCUUUACAAUGGUUUGGAUUGUAUGAGCUUCCACUACUUAAUGUAACCUCUUGAUGCUUCUUAUGUAUUCUGUAUGUAUGACCCAGUAAGCGGCAUGUCUGAAGUUUUUUGGGAGACAUUUAAGGGUACCAAGCUUUAGGUUUGUCCUGGAAGUAUUUAGAAUUGGUACCGUGUUCCCAGAAUUAUUUUUGUGUUACUGUAUGAUUGGGAUGAAUGUAGCUGAAAUUACUUGACAAAAAAAAAAACAUGGCACUUUAACAAUUCAGUGUUGCCUUGCUGUCAGAGCGAUGGGGUGCUUUACUGUCAUUGCACACCACAAACGGUCAUGAUCUUGUCUGGCUGUUGUGUUAUGGCAGUAAAUGCUCUAAGGGAUCUGUGAAAAUGGCCUUUUGCCUCAAUAAAAAAAACGAAAAUGCA